AUGGUUGUGUUCCCGCUCCUUCUCUUGCUUUUCUCCUUCCACGGGAUCCUUUCGGAUCAUGGAACGGAUAUUCGACAGGUGGAGAUGCUAGAAGAUGAAUUUUUCAUGGAUACAAAUGCUGAGAACAGAGAAAAAGCUUUUGUUAGAACACUUGAUGGAUUACUGCAUGGAAACGAAGAUGGAAGGUCUGAUGAAAAAGAUGAUUUUUCACCUGGACACGUUGUGGAGCAUGCGACUGAUGACGAACAGCUGGAUCUGGUGAUGGAGGUGUUUCCCAGCGGUCCUUUCAACAAAACUGGUCAGCUUCGUUAUUCCUCUGUGCCUCUUCUCGAAGAUGAUCUGAUUCACGAAAUCCUCGAUGUCAUCUACAGCCGCGAUGAGUACGUACGUCUUCUGAACGAUCCAGACUUUGAUGAAAUGUACGGUGCUGUCCAAGAAAUGAUUCGCAUUCCGACGCAGAAAGUUCUGAAACAACAACUUUUCCACAAGAUCUUGGCGUCUCGUGCUUGGUAUACAAAGUACUUUGAUCCAAUGCUGAACGACAACAAGAGACAGAAGUUGCUCGAUUUUGGUCAUCAUUUGUUGGAUGCUCAGCAAAAUGGAACUCUUUCCACCAGGGACAUGCUCGAGUACAAUAAGCAGCUUCAGAAUUUUGCGUUCUUCGAUAGAGAAGAUGAUAAAGAAUUCCGAGACAUGAUGGAAAAGCUGAUUGUGGUUUUUGAUGAUUCUACCAAGAUAAGAGACGGAGGAGGAGGUUAG